AUGCCACCGUCGUCAGCCUUUUCGCGUGGAUUGAGGAAGGGCUUGCACUUCACCGUCCGUGUCAAAAACAUCCAGGGUCUUUUCAUUGACACGCUGCGGCUGAGACUGAAGCGAGCGGCCACGGCACUGCAACUGGACCACGAUGCGGUGCAGCCGCCAGGCCAAGUGUUUGCUGUCACCUCGUCCGAAGAGCAUGCUACUUCGGCCGCCCUGCGCCAGAGGUACCGUCAGGCGGGCGUCGUUCAGAUUGAGGUGGCGGCACAACACGCGGUGGCGACGCGUCCUAGAUUGCGAACUGCCAAUCACAGCGACGCGUCCCCUCAGCACUCGAGGGAAGAGACACGCCACAAGACGACAGAGGCCGAUCGUGCUGCCAGAGCACACUGGAGGGUCUCGAGUGGUGCCUCUUUCCAGGAUAACGUGUUGCUAGUCAUUGCGUACGAACACGUCGUGCUGCCGUUGUCUGCACUAAGCGUCGUUCAUCCGCUGUUGACGCUGGGGCACCGUUCACCUUCUGCCAACGUAUCACACCUCCCGCAGUUCCGAUAA